CCCUCCCACUGAACUGCGGGACCCAGCGGAGCGGGCCAGGCUAGGCUGGCGACGCUGCCCGCUCCCGGGCUGGCAAGGGCCGCGGGCGCCGGGCUCGGGGCUCCAGACGCCGCCGAUGGGAAGCAGCACUCGAAAGGGCGAGAGACGACGCCGCGGCCACCCAUACCAUCGCGGUCACCAUGGGGAACAAGCAGACCAUCUUCACUGAAGAGCAGCUGGACAACUACCAGGACUGCACUUUCUUCAAUAAGAAGGACAUCCUCAAGCUUCAUGCACGGUUCUAUGAGCUGGCUCCCAACCUCGUCCCGAUGGACUACAGGAAGAGUCCCAUCGUCCAUGUACCCAUGAGCCUCAUCAUUCAGAUGCCGGAGCUCCGGGAGAAUCCCUUCAAGGAGAGGAUUGUGGAGGCUUUCUCCGAGGAUGGCGAGGGGAACCUCACCUUCAAUGACUUUGUGGACAUGUUCUCUGUGCUCUGCGAGUCAGCGCCUCGGGAGCUCAAGGCAAACUAUGCCUUCAAGAUCUAUGACUUCAACACUGACAAUUUCAUCUGUAAAGAAGACUUAGAGAUGACGCUGGCCCGACUCACCAAGUCUGAGUUGGAAGAGGAUGAGGUAGUGCUUGUGUGUGACAAAGUCAUUGAAGAGGCUGACCUGGAUGGUGACGGCAAGCUGGGCUUUGCUGACUUUGAGGACAUGAUCGCCAAGGCCCCUGAUUUUCUCAGCACCUUCCACAUUCGAAUCUGAAGACACUGCCAAGGCCGUGGGGGCCUAGAGCUGCAUCCUCUGGCCUGCUGUCUGUGCAGGUACGGUUUCCAAGUGCUCCAGGGAAGGAGCUGUGGCCUCUGGGGUUCUCACCCAUGGACAUUUCCUAUGGCCCUUUCAGCAAAAAAUAUAAAAUAAAAUAAAAUAAAAUAAAAAUUUAACUGCAACAGGGUUGUGAAGAGCAGGACCCUUCCCUGGGCCCCCAGUGGCCUACCCUCAAGACCUGCAGUUCCCCUGUGAGCCUUCUCACGCACCCCCGGCCCAGUCCUUUUCUCACCUAGGAGGGGAAGGUGGAAAAAACCCAUCGGGAGGGGUGAGGGUGGGUUAUCUGUGUGCUGGGCAGACAACCCAGUCACCCGGGGAUGAAUGCGAAAAUCAACCAAACAAAGAAAACAAAAAACAAAACCUGGGGCUUUAACAAGCUAUGCAAUCUUUUACCAAAGUCAAGGCUGGGCUGUACCCACCUCCGCCCCCGUACUUUCCCAAUGUGAAGCUGUAUAAGCAGUUCAGUCCAAAGGGCUCUGCCCCUGUGUCUUGAACACUACCCCACCCCCCUCCCUGAUGACAUGGUAUCACUUAUGUGUGCUGACCUCAGAUUUGUGAACUCCUAGAAAUAAAACACUUUUUGUGUCCUGCA